AUGAAUAAUCUCUUUAUUAAAAAAAACACAUUAGAAUAAUCUGCUAUUAUCUAAAUUAACUAGAUUUCUAAUGUGGCGAUUGCAAAUUCCUUUUUUAGUUAAAAUCAAAUUCAAUCUUGUAUUUUAGCUUCAAAUGGAGACCAAAUAGUAAUAAAAAAUACUAAUUUUACAAAUAAUAAAUCAUAUGGUUCUGGAACAGGUUUGAAUUUGAAUAAUUUUAAUUUAACUAAUUCAAAUUUAAUGAUUGAUUGUCAUUUUUCUGAAAAUAUCUCUUAAGACGAAGGAGGUGCUAUGCUUUUGUAAAACGUAGAUAUUGACAUUCAAAAUUCAAGUUUUGUCAAUAACACUUCAUCAAUUGGAGGAGCAAUUAGGUAUAAGGAAUACAUCCCAAGUUUUGUUAAAAAUAUGAAAAGUACCAGAAAUUUAUAAUCAUAGCAAUCAAUUAUUUUUAAAGGAAACCGUGCUAAAAUAUUUGGACAAAACAUAGGAUCUUAUCCAUAUAAAAUAGUGUUAAAAGAAGAUUUAUCUCGUGACUUAGAAUCAUAUGUUUUUGAAAACUACAGAAGUGGUGAUAAUAAUUUCUCAUUAAAAUUAAUCCUUUUAGAUGAAGAAUACAACAGAGUUAAAGUAAGCAGUAAAGAUAUUGGCUAUUCUUAAAAAAUAUAAAAUGAGAUAAAAACAUAUCAAUUGCAGAUAAUUUCUUUGAAUUUAACAGAAUUAGAAAUAAAAGACAUCACUUAAUUUCAAUAUGAAUAGGAUGGAUAAGAUUAUUUAUUUAAUUUAAAAGGUAUAUUUAUGAUGUCUAUGUUAGUUUUAGAAAAUGUGAAGUAGGAGAAAUUUAUGUAAAAAUUCAGACGCAAAAUAUGA